CAUCUUGCAGCUGACGAGCGUGUGCGGUGUGCGCCUGCGCCGCUCCAUCCUCCGCCCAAUCUAUCGAGGUCUCCCUCUCCCCCCAAAAGCAAGCGCUCUCUCUCUGUGCCCCUGCUCAAAAGCGAGAGACGCGAUUCCAAUUCAUCCUGGCGUAUCGAUAUCGACUCCUUCACUUCACAGGCCAGGUUCCUCCAACUUGCCCACCCGGAGCUUGCAUCCUCCUUUCGCCUCGCGUUCGCACUUCUCCAAAGCACACUUUUUCGCAGCCGUCUACAGAAAGCUCAAUCCUCAUUCCAACACCAGCGAGCGCCUCGACUCGCUCCGCCGCUCCUUCUUAUCUUGGCUGCACGCCGUACACCCCGAGCCGAUCCAGGAGCGGCUUCACAGUCUAGUUUCACUCUCGAAACACUUUGCAGCUCAAUAUGGCUGGGAUAAUGCCAGCGCAGUUCCUGCGGGAAUACAAGCUCGUCGUCGUCGGUGGAGGUGGCGUCGGCAAAUCUGCACUGACCAUCCAGUUCAUCCAGAGCCACUUUGUGGACGAAUAUGACCCUACCAUCGAAGACUCGUAUCGGAAGCAAUGCGUGAUCGAUGACGAGGUCGCGCUCUUGGACGUCCUCGACACGGCAGGCCAAGAAGAGUACAGCGCCAUGCGCGAGCAAUACAUGCGCACAGGGGAGGGCUUCCUACUUGUCUACAGUAUCACUAGCCGCAACUCGUUCGACGAGAUCUCCACGUUCCACCAGCAGAUCUUACGCGUAAAGGACAGGGAUCACUUCCCCGUCGUCGUUGUGGCGAACAAGUGCGACUUGGAAUACGAGAGACAAGUUGGGAGCCAUGGCGAGUGUGCGCCGAGCCCGGAUCAAAUAAUGAGAGGACGCGAGCUGGCCAAGCACUUUGGCUGCCGCUUCAUCGAGACCUCAGCCAAGCAGCGGAUCAACGUCGACGAGUCGUUCAACAACCUCGUCCGCGAGAUCCGGCGCUUCAACCGCGAGCAGACCAGCGGCCACAUGGGCGGCGGCAUGGGCGGCGGGCACGGCGGCAUGGGCGGCGGCAUGCAGCAUCUGCAAACUGAGGAUGGGAGGCACGGAGAGGGGUGCUGUGGGCGAUGCGUGGUCAUGUGA